GAACGGGUUACAGGUCAGAGUGUCUAUUGGAACACAGUGUUCUCGUCAGCAGCGGUGGUACAGCCGGAACAUUGUGUUACUUUGUGGCGGCUUUCCAAGACCAGCCCUGCCUUUGACGCUCAAAACCCUCCCACUACCCUCUAAAUCCCCCCUCGGUGGCGGACUCUCCACCUCCGGCUGGGUCAUCGCAGAGCCGAGUCUCCGUGUGGACUCACCGGCACCUGUGACGUGACGACGAGCGCAGGAGGCGAGUGCGAAGCCGCGCUGGAACAUCGAGUUCUUAGAGGGAGAAACCAGAGAGCUGCGCACGAGGAGAGAGUAUUUCUUGGCUGGCCAUAUAAGAGGACCGGAUCAUACCAACUUGGAUGUUUGAUACAUUGAGAAAGAAAUGACUAUGGACCAGGACUUGCCCGCCGAGGGACACGCAGCCUUGGCUGAGUUUGGAACUGAGGGCGUUGAUAUCACAGGAAGGAAGGACGGAGGAGUGAUUAAGGUUGUUAAACAGCAAGGGAUUGGUGGGGAGACACCGAUGAUUGGGGACAAAGUGUCUAUUCACUACACUGGCAGGCUGCUAACAGGGAAGGUCUUUGACUGCAGCCGAAAACGCAAGGAAUCUUUUACUUUCAAUGUUGGCAAAGGACAAGUCCUCAAGGCCUGGGACAUUGGUGUGCUGUCUAUGCAAAGUGGAGAGCUGUGCACACUGCUGUGUAGGCCGGAGUAUGCCUAUGGAUCCACUGGAAAUCCUGACAAAAUUCCGCCGGACUCUUUAGUACUUUUUGAGGUGGAGCUGCUGAACUUUGAAGGUGAGAAGCUGACAGAAGAUGCUGGCAUCGUCAGAAGAAUAAAGGUGAAAGGAGAGGGAUUCACCAGCCCCAACGACGGAGCAACAGUUGAUAUUCAUCUAGUAGGAAGCUGUGACGGUCGAGUGUUUGACCGCAGAGACGUCAGCUUUGUCAUCAGUGAUUUCGAGGACAGCAACAUCCCUGUGGGAGUGGAUAGAGCCAUGGACAAGAUGCAAAAGGGAGAGUGCUGUGUGCUUUAUCUCAAGCCAAAGUAUGGCUUUGGAAGUGGUGGAAAACCAGAGUUUAAAAUUGGACCCGACAAAGAUCUUGUAUAUGAAGUAACGCUCAAAGACUUUAAAAAGGCGAAGGAGUUCUGGGAGUUGGAUUUACAGGAAAAGCUGAAUCUGGCUCCAGAAAUUAAACAAAAAGGGAACCAACAUUGUAAGGCAGGACAGUACUACUCAGCGUCGAUUCACUACCAGCGCAUCAUAACCUGGUUAGAGAUGGAGUGUGGGAGCAGUCCGGAGCAGCAGCAGAGGAUUCGGGACUUUGUUAUGACGGCUCAUCUUAAUCUAGCGCUGUGCUUCCUGAGGUUGAAGGAGUACGCACAAGUUGUAGAGAACUGCAACAAGGCUCUUGAGAUUGAAGACAAGAAUGAGAAGGCUUUGUACCGUCGCGCGGAAGCCAGACUCUUACGGAACGAGUACCACCAGGCCAUGGCCGAUUUCCAGAAAGUGCUGGAGAUCAACUAUGCAAAUCGGGCUGCUCGCAGUCAGAUCGCCCUCUGUCAAAGGAAAAUAAAGGAGUGUGACGAACAAGACAAGAGGACCUACGCCAACAUGUUUAAAAAACUUGCAGAGCCUGAGACCAAGGUGGGGAAGUUGAAAAGAGAUGGAAGCUCGAGGUGCAGUUUGAAUGGUGAUGUGAAACGUCGACGGAGGAGUCAGGACUUUCUCUCACACCAAUGACUUUUGUUUUCUUAUAAAAUGAGUGAACUGAAUGAUUCACAGGCCUUGCAGGGACGAUGUAAUAUAGCCACCUCUUAACCAAACCUCCAUGUCAUUUCAUGCAGUCAUUUCAGCGAGGAUAUUUGCCAAACAGCACGGACUACUUCACCACAACAGUCGGAUGUAAUGGAUCAACACCACAUGCGACUGACAACCCCAAUGAUUUUCCUUCUCCAGUUGUUUGAUGCUAAUGGACACGGGAAGAACACACUCGCCAAAACACCCUUUUGCUGUUGUCUGUCAAGACGGCAUGCCUGUUGUUGUCAGUAAAACAUUGGUUUCUUUUGUCAAAAGAAAUCACUGUGCUGGAGGAACGGCGUCAUCCCUGCAUAUUCCAUUGAUUGAUCGAGCACAUAUUGUCAUUGCAAUGAAUACAACAAAACAGCGCCUCCUCGCACAUAAACAACACUCGACCCAUGUGCACCAAACAUAGCAAAAUAUAACACAUAACAUAAACAGUAUUUAAAAGUAUAACAUACAAAACUACAGUGCAAUAUACCUGCCUAUCAUGAUGUGAUGCAGUAUGUUAAGAUGCUUUCCAGGUCACCAGCAGCCUCUGACUGAGGUUGUUCCUUGUUAAAAUCCUGAGGAGGUGGAUACGUUGCCGGGCUUUGACUAACAAGCCGAACAUGUUUCUUGAUUUAUCAGAUUAUAAAGCGACUUGGCUGCGGUGGAAAAUGCCCUUUAAAUCUAGUAUUCUUUAUUCAUGUACAACUCAUGAAAACCAGAUGCUUGACUUGGGAAUGAAUGAAUGUAACCACAUUUUGGGGUGUUGAUGCACUUUGACUGCCAAACAACCUUGAUUCAGUCAGUUUUUUUUUUUUUUUUGGAAGCAGUAUCACAUGUAAAUUCAUCAGCUGUCUUCACCAGAAUCUUUGCAUCACACGCCUGAAUAUAUAUUGGGGGUCUUGUACAGCGGGCAUGACUUUUUUUUUCUACAGCAGUGUAUUUAUGAGUGUUCUGAAUAUUUAUCCUCGACUAAAGUGACCAGGUUUGAGACAGAAGCAAUGCCACACGUCAGUUGUGCCUACGUUGGGACUGCAAGGUGUGUAACAGUAUGUGUAACAUGUAUUCAAAAAAAGCGGAGCAUUACUUUCGAUAAUAAAGGAAUUCAUAUGUU